AUGGUAACGGCCGAAAUGGAAAGUGAAGAAAGGAUGAAAUUUACCGCCUUGUAUUUGGAUGUCAAGGCCAAAUUGACUCGACAGAUGAAUUCCAUCCGUAGAUUGGAAUCAAAUCCCCGGUCUUCGACUGUGCGCCAAUUUUCUGUUGAUGGAGGUCCAUUUUCUGAAAAUUCAUCCUCGACACGCAAAACACGCCUACCAGAGAUCCAGUUGCCAAAGUUUGGUGGAGCUUAUGCUGAUUGGCCGAAUUUCUUUUCACUGUUCUCAACAAUUGUCGACAGCAGCGCAGAACUAAGUGACCUGGAAAAAUUCCAUCAUCUGCGCUCAAGCUUAACAGGUGCCGCCUUGGACACAAUUUCAUCGUUGGAGCUAAACGAAAGAAAUUAUAUGGAAGCGGUAAAAUUGUUGAAGAAUCGUUUUGAUAAUAAAUUGUUAAAUUUUCAGACCCAUAUAAAGGCCAUUUUUUCGCUGAAAGCUGUGGAAGUUUCCCCAGCCAUUGGUUUGCGCCAGCUUAGUGACAAAUUUAAUUCGCACCUGCGAGCCAUGCAGACGAUUGCCAGUAGAGACCAAAUUGCAGAUGGGCUCUUAGUAUAUUUAGCUGCCACUAAAAUGGAUAGAGAUUCCCAAAUUAAGUGGGAGGAGAGUCUGGCUGUGAAUGAAUUGCCGUCGUGGCAGUCCAUGUCAAGUUUUUUAGAGCAAAGAUGUCGUAUGCUGGAGAACUUGGAGAAUUCCGUGGUUUGUGCCGGCUCUAUUCAGCAAAACAACAAAAAGCAAUCAUUUAAAAAUCGCCACGUACAUGUGGCCUCUGGAAGCUCUUCUCCUUUGUGUGCUUUUUGUGAUUCAAUGGACCACUACAUUGUCAAUUGUCCACCUUUCAGCAAUCUCUCCCCAUCUCUUCGUUUCAAAGAGGCAAAGCCCCAGCCAUCUGUUGUAGUGGAACCAUCUAUAUCCCAAUCAGUUCUUGUUUCGUCAGCUGAUUCAUCUGGAAGGUCAGCAACCACGGGUGGAACCGUCCUGUUGGCAACAGCUAUUGUCCUCGCCAAAAACAAGUUUGGGAAUUUUGUGCCGUGUCGAGCAAUUUUGGAUUCUGCAUCCCAGUUGAACAUGAUUGCAAAUCGUUUUGCAAAGACUCUUGGCUUAAAUUGUAAUCGAGUCUCAGCCACAGUUUACGGCAUAGGUGAUGGAAGUAUGCUGGUUGAAAAAUCUGUUGAUUUGGUUGUGAAAUCAUGCCAUAGUGAUUUCACCACUUCGUUCGCUGCCAUGGUGGUACCAAGCAUCACUGACUACAAGCCAAAAAUAAAUCUCGAUGCCUCCAACUGGAAUAUGCCCAAGAACAUUCAAUUAGCAGACCCUGCAUUUAACAAGCCGGAUCAUAUCGACAUGUUAAUUGGUGCCGAAUUGUUUUUCAAUCUGAUGUCAGUGGGGCAAAUAAAAAUUGGUGUCAACCUCCCUGUUUUACAAAAAACAUUAUUCGGCUGGGUCGUAGCAGGUGGUAGUUUUCAGCCAUGUAAAUCCUGGUCACUUGCUGUGUCGUAUUCCGAGCUUGAGGAAGAAGAAGAGAAGCUUUCAACCGUCGUCAAAUCCUUUUGGGAAAUCGAGACCAACUUUGUUUAUGAUGAAUCCAGAUCUGACAAUGAACUCUACUGCGAAAAUCAUUUUCUAACCAACUUCGUUCGUUUGCCUUCUGGGUCAUAUUCUGUUCGGCUGCCGCAAAUCGAAAGCAGGGGUGUCUCAUCACUUGGUGGUUCAUAUCAGCGUGCAUUACAACGUCUAAUGUCUUUGGAAAGAAAGUUUCGUCGGAGUCCAGAAAUAAAGGCUCAAUAUACAACUUUUAUGCGUGAGUAUGCCACAUUAAGCCAUAUGUCGUUAAUCUCGCCACAGGUACCCGAAUCGAAGUACUACUUGCCACACCACUGUGUCCACAAGUUGGACAGCACAUCGACCAAACUUAGAGUGGUUUUUGAUGGAUCGGCAAAAACCGCAACUGGGCUAUCAUUAAACGAUAUUUUGCAUUCCGGCCCUACCAUACAACCAAAGCUGUUCAAUACCUUGGUGAGGUACAGGUUCUUUAAGGUGGCCCUUAGUGGAGACAUUUGUAAAAUGUACAGGUGCGUUCGAGUGUCACACCCUGACGAUUACCUCCAAUGCAUUCUGUGGCGAGAGAACGAGGCGGAUGAUAUCAAAACCUAUAAACUGAACACAGUCACCUAUGGUACAAAACCCGCUGCAUUCCUGGCUAUCCGUGCAAUGCAUCAACUUGCAAUCGAUGAAGAAGAGAACUUUCCACUGGGUUCCAAAGUGGUUCGACGUGACUUCUACGUAGAUGACAUGCUUUCUGGUGGCAAUACCAUAGCAGAGGUCGAAGAGAUAAGGCAUCAAGUAACAGCUUUGCUUAAAAAGGGCGAAUUCUUGAUUCGCAAGUGGUGCUCCAAUGAUCCAGAUGCCCUACGGGAUGUUCCUGCAGAAGACUGUGAAACAUUGUUAAAAUUUCAUGACGGUACAGAUGUCACCAAAACUCUUGGGCUCACUUGGGAUCCCCAGAGUGAUAAUUUCAUUUUCUCUUUUACCCCCAUUGAUGACUGGAAGGUGGUGACAAAGCGGUCCAUUUUAUCUUCGAUUGCCCGCCUUUACGAUCCAUUGGGUUUGAUUGGUCCAGUCAUUACAAAGGCAAAAAUGUUUAUGCAGCAUCUGUGGAAACUCAAUCUUCAAUGGGAUGAAAGCUUGCCUCAAUCACUACAUUCAUUGUGGAUUGAAUAUAUUUCGAAAUUCGAUCUGAUGCACCGUUUCACAUUUCCACGGCAUGUUUCAAUGGCGUCGGCAUCAUUGCAGAUUCAUGGUUUCUGCGAUGCCAGCUUGGCUGCUUACGGCGCAUGUGUCUAUGUGAGGUCCCAAUUCAACAGCGUCAUUAAAUCUGAACUUCUGUGCUCUAAAUCGAGAGUUGCCCCAUUGAAGACGCUCACUGUACCAAAACUCGAACUUUCAGCUGCAUGCCUUCUAGCUGAGCUGAUUGAUACUGUGGUGAAAUCUCUAGAUUUUCACUGUGAAAUCCAUUGUUGGUCCGAUUCGAUGGUGGUGUUGUCCUGGCUUCGAGAGCUGCCAUCCAACUUCAACGUUUUCGUUGCCAAUCGAAUUUCUCGAAUUCAGUCAUAUGGGACUCGAAUUACCUGGCACUACGUUCCAACAAAACUCAAUCCAGCAGACAUCUUGUCGAGAGGUGCGACACCUGGGGAGCUACUCCCUUCAUCACUGUGGAAAGGUGGUCCAAACUUCCUGCUGAAUGAAGCAUCAAACUGGCCUGAUACUGCAAGUUAUGUGGAUGACUUACCUGAGCGUAGAAGACAUGUAUUGUUGACGACCUCUCUUACUGAUUUGUCGAUACAGUGUAAGUAUCGCAAUUCUUUUUUGAAAAUGCAACGAAUUUUUGCGUAUGUUUCUAAAUUUGUAUAUUCCAAAUUGAGUGCCCAUACCGAAGUAUUAACCCCUGACGACAUUAGAGCUGGUACUCGCCUCCUGGUUAAAAACAUUCAGCUUGUACAUUUUUCUGAGGAAUACAAGGCGUUGAAAUCAGAUAAGGAAAUUGCAUCGUCUAGCAAGUUGUAUUCGUUGGCACCUAUUAUUGAUGAGUUUGGGUUAAUUCGAGUUGGUGGGCGUCUCCAAAACUCAACCCUGGACUUUGAUGCUCGUCACCCCAUUAUUCUGCCCAAAAAGCAUCCGUUUACUGCAUCAAUGGCAACCCAUCUCGAGGUUGUCCAGGAUUUAUCAACACCUUCAUUUUUGUGCUCGCUUCGACGCUUCGUUGCCACGAGAGGCAAACCCAAAACGAUUUGGUCAGACAAUGCAUCAAAUUUUGUGGGCGCAAAAAAUGAGUUGGAUGAAUUAAAGCAGAUGUUUUCGAGGCAAUCACAUCUAAAUGCCAUUCAUGAUCAAUGUCUUGAUGAUGGCAUUGAUUGGAAAUUUAUUCCACCCAGAUCCCCACAUUUUGGUGGCCUCUGGGAAGCGGCUGUAAAGUCUGCUAAAUUCCAUUUUUAUCGAGCAGUUGGCCUAAACAAACUUACUUUCGACGAGCUACGCACACUAGUCUGCCAAAUUUCUGCAAUCUUAAACUCUCGUCCAUUGUGCCCGCUUUCCGAGGACCCUGAGGACCUAGAUGUAUUGACGCCUGGCCAUUUUUUAGUGGGUGGUCCACUUAUUUCAAUACCCGAGCCGAAUAUGUCAUGGAUAAAUUUCGGUCGUCUCAACAGUUGGCAAAAGGUAUCGGAAUUGCAACAGAUUUUUUGGAGAAAGUGGAGUACGUCCUACCUAACGCUGCUACAAGAGAGAUCCAAAUGGCAGGCUCAAAGUGACAAUAUAUCUGUUGGUGCCAUGGUCGUAAUAAAAGAUGAAAAUUUGCCCCCACUAAAGUGGCAAAUGGGACGAGUGGAGGAAACUAUAAAGGGCGAAGACGGAAUAGUUCGAGUGGUGAAUGUUCGAACAAGUAGCGGAAUCUUUAAGCGAGCCAUAACCAAACUAGCCGUACUGCCGAUAAGUGAAUCAGUUGAAGCCCCAAGACCUUCAACGGGGGGAGGAUGUUAA